AUGGACUGUGUCAAUAUUUCAUUGGUGAGGGGUGCAGAAGAGGAAAAGCCAGAGUUGAGAGGAAGAGAUACCCUGACUCGUCUGAUCAAACGCCAGCUUGAUAUCAACAAUCCAGGAUUUCUUAAAGAGGUGCUUCAGUAUGAGACUGGCUUCCUGGUUUGUGCUGCUAUUGGUGUUCUGUUCAUCAUACUUGUUCCCCUGGUGGGCUUGUUCUUCUGCUGCUGCCGCUGCUGUGAACAUUGUGGGGGUUUCUUGUACCAGAAGCAGACAAAACACACUGGCUGCAGGAGGAAGGCAUUUUUUGUGUCUGUCCUGGCUGUCACUACAAUUCUUCUAGCUGGAGACAUCUGUGCAUAUAUCAACAACCAGCGUAUAUCCCAGACUGUAGGCAGAGGCUUCCUCACUUUGAACAGUACGAUGCACAAUUUGCACAUCUACCUGGAAUCUAUUCCACAGGAAAUUGAUAUGAUUAUCAACACCAGCUCAGUACCAUUGAAUCAAGCAAACAACAGCUUGCUGAAUAUUGGGUCCAAUCUGGGGAACAAGAUCAAGACUCAGCUUGGGGGUCAAGCAAACAAAGCACUGGAUGCAGUGGACCAUCUUCUCAGAGUGGUUGGUACUGUGGAACAGGAACUCAAGGAGGUCAACAAAUCAGGGAGUCACUUGCAAAUUCUGCAGAAGGAGCUGGACCGAAACUUGACCAUUCUGGGGAACAAUAUCAACAAAACUUUGGAUGACUGUGGUGUGCCUUGCCGGAAUGUGUCAGUGCCAAACCUGAAGUCUGGGGCAAAUCUUAGCAUGGUUCCUGAUGUCAGCCAUCCACUGCAGCUGAUAAAAAAUCUGACACGCUCAGAUCCCAAUGGCACUCUUACAGAGGCACGAAAAAUCCUUGAGAAUAUUCCAGAAAAGGUCUCUGACCAAACAAAAACAGCUGUGUCUGAUGCACAGGAGAAAUUACAUUAUGUUAAGCAGCAGAUUGAUGACAUCCGUGGUAACUUUUCCAUGCUGAACUUUCUGAAGAAUAUCUCUGACUUGAUGAAUGACAUCAUCAGGAAGGCGACUACCUAUGAGCCUGAGAUUGUCACCUAUGAUGGCUACAGGUGGAUUGUUGGUGUUGUCCUCUGCUGCUUGGUGCUUCUGAUAAUUGUACUUAAUGUGUUUGGUCUGUUGUUUGGAGCUCUUGGGCUAGACCCACAGGAGAUGCCUACUCAACGGAGCUGCCUCUCCAACUCUGGUGGACUCUUUCUCAUGGCGAGCGUUGGGUUCUGCUUUAUAUUUGCAUGGCUGCUGAUGCUACUGGUUCUAGUGACAUUUUUAAUAGGGGGCAAUACUUACACGCUGGUGUGUCGACCCUGGGCUAAUGGACGUCUCCUUGAGUUCCUUGAAACACCAGACUUGUUCCCUGAAUUAAAUGUGUCAAAGCUCAUGCAGCUGAAUGUUCCAGAUGUGACCCUCUCCAGCAUGUACAAGAGCUGUGAAAACAAUGCCUCCUUGUGGAAUACUCUUCACUUGAAUGAAGCAAUAUCUCUGGACGAGAUCUUAAACAUUAGCAAGUACACAGAUGAUAUUGAUUCUGCCUUGAACAAAAUAAAUGUCAGCGUGGGCUCUACUGAUUUCUUGAAGGAUGAUCAGAAACAUCUCAUGCAGGAUCUGGGCAAAAAGAAUGGACUACUGAAGCUGGACUUUGCUGAUGCUCUGGCACAAAUCAACCAGAACAUGACAAAUCAAGACCUGUUUGCCUUGGCUGCUAAACUAGACACUCUGGCAACACAAAGUCACAGUCCGAACAUUAGUGCAAAACUGCGAAAUCAGGCUGCUGAGGCGAGAAAGAUCCAGGAAUGGAUGAAUGAUAAUUUUCCUCCGGAAAUUCAUGUCCUGAAUAGCAGCAUCCGGAGCUUGCAGAAAUCUCUGCCUCAGAUUCCAGACCUGGUGAAUUCUACAUUGUUAGAAGUAGAAGCAGCUCAAGAAUUCAUGAGGAAGAAGACAGGAGAAAUUAUCAAGAAUGCAACCAUGACCUUUGUGAAUUCUGUACUGAGUUACUUCGAGUUGUAUAUGGACUGGGUCAAGAGCAACAUAAAAGAGAAAGUAGGUUGCUGUGGCCCUGCAGCCUGGACAGUGGAUAGUAUGAACACCAUUUUCUGUGAUUACAUUGUUGAUUCUCUGAAUGCCUUCUGGUUCAGUCUUGGUUGGUGCACCGUAUUUCUCCUGCCAAACAUCAUCUUGGCUGUGAAGCUUGCCAAGUUUUACCGCAGGAUGUACAUGGAUGAUUUCUAUGUGGAUGAUGCUACAGAAACCAUGGAGCUAUCAAGGCAACACAUGUUCAAAAUGCCCCGGGCAGAGCUGAAGUAGCAUCUCUUUCCCCCCUUAUCCAUGUAUGAACAGCAUGACUGCAUGAACAUCUACAGGACUUUUCUCACAUCUUUCUUCUAGAGCCCAUGGAUCAUCAUACUGCAGCAAAUUCUCCCUGGUUAGACUGAAAUGGUGGCAGGAGCCGUCUUCUUGUCAAAGGAACAGACAGUUGAGGAUAACUGCAUUGACUCACAAGUCCUUUCACAGAAAGGUGCAGACUUAGUCCCACAUGUAGUAUCUUAUGUAAUGUAGAGACUAAGCUAGCAGUGUGCAUUAUGCCUUUUCUGAAAAGCCAUGAUCUUUACGGAUUGUGGCCUGUUGUACUGCAGCAUGCCUGGUGAGAUUUGUGUGUGCACAUUGGAGCUCUUACCUGUUCCCUAGACUUCAGUGCUCAGCACAAUGGCUGGCUGACUCUGCAUGCUGCCCAUAAUGUUGUUGGUCACAACAACUUUUGGUACAAUCACUGUAUCAAGGAGAAUUGAUAUGAAGUUCUCUCCUUCUUUUCUGUACAAAGAAGCAUUGGGUUGAGGAGUGCCUUCUACCUAUAAUGAAUGUAUGAUUUAGUUCAAUAGUGUCAAACUGAAUGAUACUGGACUGUGAAGACUAUGACGGUCAAUCAUGAACAAUACUGGAACUGUCAUACCAGGAAGCACAGCAGUUCUCCCCGAAAAGCAGGAAAGACACACUUCACUCUCAAGUGGCCUUAGAAUCAAGUGGUCCUUCGCUAUAUCAAGAAGCACAACUGCACACUCUCCAUGCCUUAGAAGACACAACUGGUCUGUGUUAUAUGGAGCUGCUUAAAAAUAUAAGUAGUGCCUCAUAAAAGCAGAUCAGGGUUCAUGUAGUUCUGUAUAUUUUAAAAAAUUUUUGGCAAGAAUUCCAGAAUACAGUACACAUUAGUCUGUCAACUUUCUGUCCAUUUUUGUUUUAGAGACAACUGAAAAGACAGGAGCAAGUAUGAGCCAGAGCUUAAAACUACUGUCCAUUUGUACUAGUCUGUGUCCAGAAAGCAUAUGUUGCCUUAAGCUAUUGAUAGAGCACCUUUAUCACAUUUAAUUUUGUGCCUCUGUUGGCCCAGUACUGUAUACACAUUUCUAUUUCUAGUCAUGUGUGCUUCUCUGCCCUAACUCUUGUUUAGUUUGGCAUAUAUAUUUUUUUAAAUGUUGAAUUUUUAUAAAUGAUUUGUGCCAAAAAUGUACUCUCAGAUGUCAGUGAAAACUAAUAGAAUUUUAAAAUAAAUUCGAAAUUAGCAAUGGGAAUGAACAGGGUAUGUAGUUUAAUUAAUGCAAAAUAGAAGAGGCUCCAGUAACAGAAGGGCAUGACAGUAGCACAGAAAAGCUGCAGCAUGAGACUUCCAUUAGUUCUAGACCAAAAGCAGGAAACAUUAUGCCUCUAAUGAGUUACAAGCUUUUAGCAAGAAAAGCCAGAAAGGAUCAGAAAAAAACAAGUGCCAAGUCCUGAGAUGUUUUACAUCUCCUCUUUGACCUGUAACUCCUUUCUUAAUAACUAGUACAUUGAACAUCAUUGUCAAAAUUGUGGUAUGCGCACACUUGAGAAUGACUUUUAUAUAAAACAUAUUGGAGAUCAGGAGCAUAGGUAGGUCAUACUAUUUUUAAAAAAUUGCUUUUGUUAUUCCAGUGAUAUAAUGUAUUUUCAUGGGUAGGAAAAAUAAUGCUGUCCAAAUAUACCCCUUUGUUAUUUCUAAUAAAUUUCAAAUCAGAUUUCUAACAUA